GGCUGCUGCUCAGUCACCACGCGUCACGCGCUGCCGCCGCUGCUGGCAGUGAUGGGGGGUCGGGCACCCUGCCUGGGCGCUGAGCUGCCCUGACACCCCGCUGUGCCCACCGCCCCGCUCCACUCACCGCCCCGGCAUGACCCAGCCGCAUCGGCCGCAAGGAUGAAGCGCUGCUGCCUAGGGGUGGCUUGGGUGAUCCUGGCAGCGUUGUGGCUGGCAGUGAGUGAAACGCAGGCCCCACAGUGCCAGAACAGGCAUGCCACCAGACGCCUCUGCCCUGCUGGCAUGAACUGGAUCAAGGAGGCUUGCCGGUGCUGCAACCCGUGUCCCGCAGGGACGUUCCUGUCCACUCCCUGCUCGAGCCUUGGCAAUGACAGUCACUGUGACCCCUGCCCCAGUGGCACCUUCCGUGCCCAGCCCAACAUCUUCACCAAGUGCCAGGCUUGCUACGAAUGUGAUCACCAAGCUUUCCAGAAUGUGUUGAGCAACUGCUCAGCCACCAGCAACGUUGCCUGUGGCUGCAAGCCUGGGCACUUCCGCAGCUGCCUCGACGGGCAGUGCAGUGAAUUCUCCUGCCUGCCGUGCCAGACCUGUCCUGGGCGCCUCAUCCAACAACCCUGCUCAGAGACACAGGACACGGUCUGUGGCAGCUGCAAGCCUGAUUUCUACCCCGAGGGUGGUGAGUGCCGUCCUUGCAGGACCACCCAAGAUGCAUGUGGACAGGAGUGCCAGAGAGUGUGCAGACAAGGCUCUGGACUGGAGUACAUUCUGCUGGCAUUCACCGGGCCCCUCUUCCUGGGUGCCCUUGCCAUCUACCACAAGAGGAAGCAGCUCUGGCAUAAUGUCUCAGCAGGCAGCACACUUCCCCCAGUGCAGGCUGCCAACCCCACAGUCAGGGCUGCAGCUGUGCCGUUGUACCAGGGCAGUGCCCAGAUGGCUGACAGCAAUUGCUGGACCCAGCCACGCUCCUCCCAGGUGACCAAGCUUGCUGGUGGCAUGGCAAGGCAGAGCCCUGAGCACGAGGUCUUGCUGCAGAAGCAGCCUGGUGGCACGGCACGACCGGUAGGUGAGGUGGGACCCUCAUCCUCACUGGAGCCCGGAGCCACUCUGCUGCAGGGCAGCCAACUCUACACCAUCAUCGAUGUGGUGCCAGUGCGGCGCUGGAAGGAGUUCAUGCGGGUGCUGGAGCUGCGUGAGGCAGAGAUUGAGCUGGUGGAGCUGGAGGUGGCCCACAUCCGUGACCAGCAGUAUGAGAUGCUGAAGCGCUGGUGCCAGCAGACCAGUGCCACCCUUGACCGUGUCUUUGCAGCUCUGGAGCGCAUGGAGCUGUCUGGCUGCGCGGAGGCACUGCGCCGGAGCAUGCUGGUGGGCCCCUGACCCCUCCAGUGCAGCCGCUCUGACAGAGGGAGGUCCCGGCACCUCCUUGGCUCGCUGAGUGCCUCGGCGCAGCCGUACCCUUAAGUAUUGUUACUUAUGCCGUGUAGACAUUUUAUGUCAGUUUUAUGUCUCCUCCCCAGCCACCUGCCCCUCCCUUAUUUAUGGGACCCUGCACGCUGGCUGCCAGCCGCUCGCGGGACGAGCAGGCACUGAGCCCGCUGUGAACCUCAUGGGAUAGUUCUCGAGGCCGCCUGCCACCGGGCGCGCCUGCCUCUGCCCCAAUAAAGUGGCAUCUUCUCCGUC